UGCCAUUCAUUUGUAUCUUAUAUUGCACCGGCUCAUAGGUGAGCAAAAGGGGGAUCUGCCAGUCGGUCACUCAUCGCAUCGAGGAGAACAGAAGUAAAAUUGGACGGGCAUCGUCAGAAUCAUCCGUCUCGCACGCGAACCCAGACGAGAGUCAUAAAGACCAGCUGUAGCUUUAUUGGCGCAAGACGCGCAGAGACAGCAGAGGACCGACCCCACUUGGACCUGACAGUUCACCUCCAUUCAUCUGCACUACCUUCGGCUUAACAUGGAGCGCGCAAUCCCCGAUUUCUCCGGCACCUGGGAGAUGAAGAGCUCUGAAAACUUCGAGGAACUUUUGAAAAAGUUGGCUGUGAACAAGAUGCUGCGUUUAAUUGCCGUGAAGGCCGCUUCCAAGCCUCUGGUGGAGAUCACGCAGGACGGAGAGACGCUGUCCAUCAAAACCUCCACCACAGUCCGCACCACCCACAUCACUUUCACUGUGGGGCAGGAGUUCAACGAGGCCACUGUGGACGGACGUCCCUGCACGAGUUUUCCACGUUGGGAAACCGACAGCAAGAUCACUUGUGAGCAGACUCUGCCGAAAGGAGAAGGGCCAAAGACGUCCUGGACCCGAGAGAUCACCAAUGACGGCAAACUGAUCCUGACCAUGGCAGCGGAUGAUGUGAUAUGCACCAGAGUCUACGAGCGACAAUGAACGAGAGCACUUCUCCCCCUUUUUGUCCUUCCGCCCACCCUCCGUGUCCUGCGUCACCACGUGCAUCUCUUCACCCCCCUUUUUGUUAUGGCAGCACUCGGAGAUCGCGGUUCCUAGUUUAAUUCCGUCGUCUCUGUUGCAUGGCUGUGUGUCGGCUCCUCAGUGGUCCUUUCGAACAUGAAACAUGUGCGUUGGAUCCGAUGAGUGAGCGCUUCAUUGUGUGGUGCGGCAGGAGAAGUGUGUGACUAUAUCUGUAGACGUGUAAACCAAUCUUUGAGCAGGUCAGUUCUGAUGUGCACCUCCUCUCUGCUCCUUUAGCCCACAACUCUAACCUUUUCUAUCUCACGACAACGUUUAUAUUUAUUACUACACUAGAAGUCUGCUACAGUACCGCUCACGUUUUUACUUUGUGUCUCUUUUAUAUGAAUAUGUGACCAUAGGAAACAACACGUUCUGUGGGGAGAUAAUAAAGCACGAUAUUAACUCAGCCUGA